AUGACGGCAGCAGCAACCGCAUCCUCUCACCUCCUCCCCGUUCUUCGUUCACAGCCGCCGUCACCGUCGUCUUCUUCCUCUUUCAUUUCAUUUCUCAAACCUUUCUUUCUUCCUUCUUCCAAUAUUACCCUUCGACGACUUCAAUGUCAUCAUGCACCUCUUCUCAAAACCCUUCCACACUCUUUCUUAUCCACACCCUCUUUUUCUUCCCGCGCUUUUUCCUACACCCCUCCCCUCUCCGCUGUAGUUGGAGCUUCAUCUCCAAAUUCCACAGAAGAUGCAUCGGAAGAAGAAGAAGAAUAUGAUGAAGAAUCUAGUUUCACUGAAAGUGACAAUGUUGAAGAUACGCAAGUGGUGGAUUCGACUUCGUUGCCGUUGGUGGGAAAGAGGGAAGAGAGAUUGAAUUUGGAGGUGCCGAGUUUGAGUGUGAAAGAAAGGAAAGAACUUGCGUCUUAUGCACAUGGUUUGGGGAAAAAGCUUAAUACACAGUUGGUGGGUAAAUCUGGUGUUACGCCCAAUCUUGUUACGGCUUUCACUGAUAACCUUGAAGCUAACGAACUUCUCAAGAUUAAAAUACAUGGGAGUUGUCCAGGUGAGUUAGAUGAUGUUAUGAAGCAGUUGGAAGAAGCAACUGGCUCAGUGAUCGUUGAUCAGAUUGGUCGAACCCUUAUUUUAUACAGGCCUAGUCUCUCCAAAUUGAAGGUAGAAGAAAAGAGGAAACAAGUUCGGAAACUUUUUCUGGAAAAACAACAUAAACGAAGACUACUAAUUAACGGGGGUAAUAAACAAGCACCCAAAUCAUCAAAGCGAGGUUCACCAUGGAAAGCGAGAAGCAGUAGCUCAUAA